AUGGAUGGGCCUGUCACUCCUACCCACCCCAAAUUCCCACGAUUAAUUUGUCUAAAUGCAAUCGGUAGUGCCCACCUUACUGAGUACUUAGAAGACUUGAGCUCUCCUUUGCCAAAUAAACUAGUCCGUCUUUCUGUGCUUACUCUCCCACGAAGACUCGGAGAACGGGAAAAUGUUGCUAGACUGUUUGCCACAGCACAACAAGAACAACUGGAUCCAAUUUUCAUCAGCGGCCUCAUCAGUCUUGUGCCUAACGUCGACAUUCUCGCUAGCAUCAAACUAAGGACGGCAAAAAUGAGUCUCUCUUCCUACAUAUUAAUGCUGAUUGUGUCUUUGUUUUCUCAAGGUAUUUUACUUUCAGCUUCCAAGUCCAUAAGAAAUUUAGAAGACGACGUGGUAUUUAAUACAUUUAGGAUGGGGAAAGCCUUCCAGAAGGAAGAUGCUGCAGAAAGAUCGGUUGUGGCUCCCUCACUGGAACAAUAUAAAAACGACGACAGCGGCUUCCUGAGCGACGACGAGAACAAGAAUUCAAAGAACCCAGGCUCCAAACAGAAUCUCCUAAGUCAUGGUCUGCCACUGAAUCUGGCUAUAAAACCUUAUCUCGCUCUGAAAGGAUCAGUAGCUUUUCCAGCUGAGAAUGGAGUUCAGAAUUCUGAGUCAACACAAGAAAAGAGAGAAAUUGGGGAUGAAGAAAACUCAGCUAAAUUUCCCAUAGGAAGGAGAGAUUUUGACAGUGAGUAG